CCUGUGUACCAAGUGGCAAGACCAUUCGCAUUGAACAAAUGCGGCACAGCCUCGAUCCAAUUAAAGGCCUUGCAUGGCGCCCCAAAGGCGGCCACAGCGAAAUCAGGGUCAACUGGGCCAGCUUUAGCUUUUCAACACCCUUCCACUGAAGGUCUUCAUUCUGAGGAAUGGAGCCCGCUGAUGGGGAGAAAGGGCCUUCUGUGAUCGAGAAGGCCCGUGCGGCGCGUAAGGCAAAGCUCGAGGAGCGGCUGGCUCUGGAAGCGGAGAGGAAGCGCAAGGCAGAGGAGCAGGAAGCGGCGCGCCCCGCCAAGAGGCAAGCACUCGAUGGUGGAGGCAACGGAGUGCCGCAAGUUGAGGGGGGAGAAUCAAACGGCGCAGCGGAAUCGACCGAAGCGGCGGGCCACGCAGCCCCGCAGGGUUUUCCGGCUAGAAGCCUAGGGCCGAUUCCUGAGGGCUGGCUGCAGUGCCCCCCUUACGGGGAGCCGGUGGACGGGCUGAUUCCUUGCAAGGUGCCGCUGGGGGAGCGCUUUGAUCACCUGCUGGAGCUGCAUCAGCGGCUGACGCCAAAACUGCUCACGGAGCGGCUGCGGCGCGCGGGAACGCCGAUCGGCCUGGUAAUUGACCUGACUAACACCAACCGUUACUACAAGGAGAAAGAGUUCACCAGCCAAAACGUCAAGUACAUAAAGAUUGGUCUACGGGGCCGGAACGAGGUCCCCGACGCGGAGUCGGUGAAUCUGUUUUACUACGAGGUGAUGCGGUACCGCCAGACCAAAGGCGCCAAGCACAUCCUGGUGCACUGCACGCACGGCCACAACCGUACCGGUUACAUGAUUGCCACCUUCCUCGCGCGCACCACCGCACCCACCGUCGCAGAGGCUAACCAGCGCUUUGCGGCGGCGCGGCCCCCGGGCAUCUACAAGGAGGAGUAUCUCGCGGAGCUGUUUGCGGUGCACCACGAGCGGCGGCCUCCGCACGCUGUGACGCCGUCCGUGCCAGACUGGAAGCGCCCCCUGCUGGACCUCAAUGGGGACGCGCCCUCAGACUCGGAGGAGGAGAUGGACGACGACGGGAAAAAGGGGGCCUGGGAGCCGGCGCCCGAGCCGGCCCCCGCGCCUGCCGCGAUGACGAUCGAUGACGUCAUCGGCGAUCCCGUCCCGCUGGACCAGCAGCAGGAGCUGCGUGCAAUUGUGUACAGCGCGCUUGGGGAGCGGCCGGGGCGCAACGGCAACCUCAACUUCCCGGGCUCCCAGCCCGUGUCGCUCAGCAAUGAGAACAUGCGGCUACUUCGCGAGCGGUACUACUAUGUGACGUGGAAGGCAGACGGCACGCGGUAUAUGAUGCUCAUCCUGCGAGAGGGCGCGUAUCUAAUCGACCGAAACUUCUCCUUCCGCCGCGCGCAAGUUCGCUUCCCUGCCGCUAACUUCGUGUUUCCGGAGCCCCCGGAGAGCCCCAGCGCUCCGCGCACGGCGCUGCAGCAUGCGACGCUGCUGGACGGCGAGAUGGUGGUGGAUCACGUCCCGCCGUCCGCGCCCGGCGCGCCCGCCAAGCAGGAGCGGCGCUUCCUCGUCUAUGACAUCAUGCUACUCAACGGGCAGGCACUCGCACAGCUCCCCUUCUCCCAACGCUUCCCGCUCAUCCUGUCGGAGGUGAUCGCCCCUCGCAAGAAGGACGAGGCGCUCAACCGCAAGUACGACUAUACCGUAGAGCCCUUCCGGGUUCGACGGAAGGACUUUUACGAGCUGCAGGCGACGCCCAAGCUGCUGAAGCAGACGGUGCCCAAGCUGAGCCACGAGGCGGACGGCCUCAUCUUCCAGGGCUGGGACGACAAGUACGUGACGCGGACGUUUGAGGGGCUGCUCAAGUGGAAGUACGCGCACAUGAACUCCGUCGACUUCCUUUUCAAGGUGGAGCCCGACGGGAAGCAGCACCUGUACCUGACGGAGGGCAAGGAGCGGCUGCGGGAGCUGGAGGGGGCGACCGUUCACUUCGCAGACGGUGAGGACCCCGCCAGCUUCCACGACAAAAUCAUCGAGUGCGCCCGGGGCACCGAACCGGGCAGUUGGUCCUACAUGCGGGUGCGCACCGACAAGAGCCACCCAAACGCGUACGCCGUUUACCUCAAGGUUUUGAACAGCAUACGAGACAACAUCACUGAGGAAAAGAUCCUCCAGACAAUCGACGAGAUCACCAGGAUGCCGAGUUACACCUCGCGGCAGACACCGCGGCCGGGGGGGCCUCCCCCGACCAGGCCCGGGGCCCCUGGCGGGAGUCACCGGGCGCCUAUUGGGCACGUGAACCGGUCAGUACCGAACGGACCGAGCGGGCAUGUUAGCCGACCGGUUCAAAACGGACCAAGUGGGCAUGGUAACCGACCGGUACAAAAUGGACCGAGUGGGCAUCCUCGGAUGGUUCAACCGGCACCUUUUGCGGGCGACACAGAUAGUCCGUCUGACCGACCGCCGGUGCCGCUAGUGUCGGGGUCGGUUCCUAGCGGAGGAGCAACUGCUCAUAAUCAGGAAGAAAGUAAAGCAUCGAGCGCGCACGGUGACGCUCAUCAGUCAGAUCCUGUUAAUUCACUUGAAACAACACAGAAAAAGGGGAGGGAAAGUGACAUUAGUGGGGCCGAGCGAGUUAGCGAAGCGGCUUUGCAACCGGCCCACGAAGAUCCAGAUAGAAAUGGGGACAUGCGGGCGCUUGAGGACAACGGAAGGACUGGACAAGAGGACUAGGAUUCGUGGAUGUUGCGUUCAAGCAUGGUUGACUCCCUGUCCGACAUGUUUGGGACAGAACUUUCGCGCUUUGAAUCAGGUUGGGUUAUUGGAUGUUCACAGAGAUCUGCUUAAGGAAUGUGUCGGGUUCAUUGACCCGGUGGGC